AUGUGUGCAGAAGACUGGGUCAUAUUCCGAAGAUAUUCGCGCCGUGUUCAAUGUCUAUCUAUUCAAUCAUCGCAAACAACCCUCAGGAUCUACAACCCAAUCGACCGACAGGUCAUCCUCGCCCUUAGCCAUCCACCCACCAUUUUACCCCUGUUCCCUAAUCUCCAACGGUUGGAUUGCUUUGAUUCUCGUGACGAAAUAUUAUCGUUCGUACGGCUCGUAUUUGGACCCAAAAUCACUCAUCUUUCGCUGUCCAUACUGGAGCACGACAUGUCACAGCUAUCCCUACUUCCGUCAGUGGGGGUGCUAUGCCCCUCUAUCAGAAGCGUUAGGUUCAGGUUGCACGGAGCGUCCCUCUUUCAGUCCCAGGUCAUGUCCGACGCGGUGUGCAAGUGGGAUUCCAUCGAAAAGCUCGAUUGUGGACUGCUCAACGAAAAGGCCCUAAUACACCUCGCGGGCCUGGAUUCACUGCGGUCUUUAUCCUGCACGGUUUCCCAGCUAAUCUCUUAUCCUAAUUCUAUAGGACACGGCUGCAAUCCCACGUUCCCUAAUCUCGAAGACCUGUCGCUUACGUCGGUGGAUUCUUUCGUUUCCUUUUCUAGCUUCUUCCGGAGUAUACGGUCGCUGCCAAAGAAAUUGCAGUUCUAUCUUGACGAAGAAUUUCCCUCUGACGAGCUUCGUGAUCUAUUGGCUACGCUAUCCACUAAAUCUUCACACGACAACUUGCAAAUUAUCCACAUAGAAGAGCUGAUGGAACUUAUGUCGCCGCGGCUUCACAGUACCAUCACCAUCGACACGCUCAGACCUCUCUUAUCGUUCUCUCGGUUACAACUGGUUUUUAUAGACACACUCUGCCCCAUAUCACUCGACGAUGCUGCACUGACGGAAAUGGCAGCAGCGUGGCCAAAUCUCGGGACUUUAUCUCUCAAUACAGACCACGGCUGCCGAAGCCAGUCCCACGUCACCUUCAAAGGUCUCAUAUCCUUACUGAAGCUUUGUCCAAAACUCCACACCCUGUCGAUGGUCGUUGAUACAACGAUACUCGACUUGCCAAAGUCUGGUCGGCCUGGAGGAGGUGUGUGUAAUCGGAAUAUCACUGAGCUGACUUUGAGCGACUCGAAAAUCGAAGACUCCAUAAAAGUGGCUUCUAUCUUAUCCGAUAUCUUGCCCUGCGUAAAGGAGAUAUGUGCGUGGAGUUCGGAAACGCUUUUUUCUCUGCCUGAAGCGGAGGGGUAUAUACUGAAGUGGGAAGAAGUUGGCAAACUGCUUCGUGCUUUCGCGUCUGUGCGAGAGGAGGAAAGAGCAUGGAAGGAGGAUCGGAGCGUAGUAGGCGAGGUAGGGGUUUGA